GAGAGGCGGAGGCGGACGGGACGCGGAGGAUGGAGGCCCCGGGCCCCCGCCUGACCCCGGUGUGGGAGGCCCUGAAGACAUGCUUCCGAGCCGUCGAACAGCAGCAGAAUGUGUGGCAGAGCGUGUUGAAGGACUGCCAGCCGCUCCUCGGGUCCCUGGGGAACUUGGCGGAGCAGGUGCAGGCUGCCCAGCACAUAGCCUUCGAGGCCGCCCCACUGGGAGCCUUCCCAGACCUGAGAGAGCGCUUGAAGCGCAAGCAGCUGACCGCCGGCGACGCCAUCCUGGACAAGCUGGAAGAGCAGAUGGCCGCCCUCCUCAGCGUCCGAGAUGCGGUCAGCGGACAGGUGGAGCGAGCGUUUGAGGUGUACGAGCGGCACGCCCAGCCGGCGGACAUCGACGCCGUCUUGCAGCGUUCCGCUGUCAUCCCCUCGGUCGCGGACAUGCUGGAAUGGCUGCAGGAUAUCGAGAGAUCUUAUCGGAACUUGUACUUGGGAAAGAGAGACCUCAUCAACCAGAUCAAUUGGAGUAACCUGCCUUUCCUUCAAGCCCUGCCACAGGCUUGGGAGCGGGUUUCAGAGGAUGGCCACCAAGACUUAGUACAAGACACCCUGCUGAUGGUGUCCUUCUUCCUGGACUCGUAGUCGAAGGGACGCUCCCAUCCGGGACCCAGAACGAGGCGGCUGCAGACCAGGCCUUGAGCUUCCCUCUCUGUUCAGCGACGUGAGACGCGAGGAGGGGGGAAGAUUGGCGUGGUGAACUGCCAAAGCUUCGGGACCGACUCCGACCAAGCCCAGUAGGGUGGAAGGCCAUGUGGCCUUGUGGAGAGAGGGUGGCAUCCGGAGGAAAGAGACCAGGAUUUUAGGUCAUACUUUGCCAUUUGCCUGCUGGGUGACACAUCAACUUUGCUGCGCCUCACCUCAUUUAUAAAAUGGGGAAUCAGAUUUCCCAUUCCUCCUCCCUCUCAGACUGGGAACCCCAUGUGGGGCAAGGACUGUGUCCGCUCUCCUCCUUUUGUAUAGAGCUUAAGCCCACUACUUGGUAUGUCAUAAAUGCUCAAUAAAUAACAUCAUUAGUUCUCUUAUUAGGACAACUUGAUGUUCCGUUUGGGACAAGAUCUGUGCCCGAUCCGAUUAACUUUUAUCUCCCCCAAAACUUAGAAUAUUGCUUGACACGUAGUACAUGCUUAACAAAAAUCAUAAUGAUAAUAAUAAGCACCGCUCCACUCCAGUAAAUUCGUUAGAUGAGCCAAAAGUUGGUUAAGGCCAAAGCUCCUUAACCAGCCUUCUGGGGGGAUUUGGAAUAUUUUGGAAGGGGACUGGCUUUUGGCCAGUGGGAUGAAGAGCUCCACCUCCCCUGGGGUGGGGCUCAACUCUAAGUGGGGCAGAGCGGGGCAAGUUUUUCAGUUUGGUUUGGAGUCUGCUGAGGCUACAGGCCUGCCUCGGCUCUGAAAUCUAGCCAGAACGAUCUGCAGGUGAUAGGGAAUAUUUCUCUCCAAGCUAUGCCUGGGCUACCAAACAAGGUCAGUGGCUUAAUUGGGUCAAGGGCAUAUUCUGUCAGUGAUUUAAGACUAAACCUGGUUUGUCUAAGUAGUUAUUAUUGUCGUAUUAUGGCAUUUUCCCGGAAAACUAUCUGUUAAUUGUACAGGUGGAGUGGGCUGAGGUCUUUAAUUUUAAGUUUCAGGAGCUGUAAAUAAUGGCCUAGCUAACCUCUCCUCCAGUAUUCUAUAUUGUGAUCUCUCCUAGCGGUCCUAAAUAAAUCCCGAUUGUCAUCA